AUGGAUACCUCCUCGGUGCCUCUGCUCAACUAUGGCCUGCAGUACCAGUGGUGCUCCGACUCCGACCUCUCCAGCAUCUCCUCUUCUGAAACCCUGUCCCCUGUCCACUCUAUGGACUCCAGCCUGUCUCCUUCGUACCAGCAGCCUCCGCAGUCCACCCCUAAGAUGGCCAAAAGUGGAUAUUCUCAGAGCCUCGGGUCCUCGCCCUGCUCCCUGUCUGGACGUGGUCGGAAGUCGGGUCGAGCCACACGGAUCCGCAGCAAGCAGAGAGAGAGCGCCAGCGAGAAGGAGAAGCUGAGGAUGAGGGAUCUGACCAAGGCCAUUCAUCACCUCAGGUCCUACCUCCCGCCCUCGGUGGCCCCUGAAGGACAGAAUCUGACAAAGAUCGAGACCCUCCGCCUCACCAUCCGGUACAUCUCCUACCUGUCGGGCCAGCUGGGCCUCAGCGAGGAGGCGCUGUUCCAGCAAAGGGAACAGGGAGACCCCUCGUCCAGCGACACCCCCUCACCUGACAUCCUCAGCUUCUUCCAGCACAGCUCCAUGGGAGGUCAGGAGGCCCAGCUCCAGCUCCAGAACCUGAACCAGAGCUUGUACCCAGCCCAGUGUCCCAGCCAGAACGCUGUGGUGCACUCUGGGAGCUGUAGUUUUGGAGUGGAUCAGUACAAUAAGCAGUACAAUGAAGCUCCUCGGGGAGAUAUCAGCAUGGAUACCAUCCUCCACCAGUCUCCUCCAACAACACAGUCCUGUCAGAUGUAUGGCAACGACUUCUACAUCCCGUUGGUUCCGAGAGAGUAUUGGGGUUAA